AUGUUGCGACAACAGUUUGAUUUAUCAGGUACCCAAGACCUCAUCUUCUUUGAUAGUGGUACAUAUGAGAUUCCUUUUGAUCUGCAACUACCUCAAAGUCCUUUGGUUUCCUCUUUCUCUGGAAAACAUGGCCGUGUUUACUACAUGGUGCAGGCAGUUUUAAAAAGGUCAUUCCAUGAGAGUCAACGUGUUAACAGAGAACUUUGCAUCAUCAGUCAUAUUGAUGUCAAUGUGCCAACAUUAAUCUCUCCAGUGUCACAAACCUGUAAGAAGAUGAUUGGCUGCUGGAUCUUUACUUCUGGUCCCAUCUCACUGACUGCCAGCAUUGACCGACAAGGUUAUUGCAAUGGAGAAUCAAUCCCAAUCUAUGCUCUGAUUGAAAACUGCUCAUCUCGUCUAGUUGUGCCAAAAGCAGUGAUAUACCAGAUACAGACUUAUACAUGCAAGGGUAAAACAAAAAGCAUCAAACAGGUGGUUGCCAGUGCUAGAGGAAAUGAAGUGCCAUCUGACACUUCCAGCAGGUGGAAUGGAAACACAUUGAAGAUUCCUCCAGUUGCUCCCUCUAUUCUGAAUUCAGACAUCCUGAGACUGGAAUACUUGCUUGCAGUUAUUGUUCAGAUACCAGGUGCCAAAAAUCUAGAAGUGCAACUUCCAGUGGUGAUCGGUACCAGUGGUCAUGGCAUGAGCAGUCGUUCCAUUGUGAACAUGAGCUUGCUAUACCCCACAUUUACCCUUCCAGACGUAGCUGAAGCCCCUCCCAGCUAUGCAGAGGUUGUGUCAGAGGAACAGUUUGAGGAGCACAGAACUUCAACAUGCCAAUCACGACCAGACUGGCUGCUAGAUGGCUCAGCAUUCGCUUGCAUUCAGCAGUUCCACCUCCAGCCUCCUCCUCCUUAUUCAGAGAUUUGCCCAAGUGAACAGUAAGCUUUUAGCCAAGGUUCUUUUGUGGAGGAGACCAAAUAACCACCUUGUGCCUUAAUUACAUUGUACUUUUUUAUUUUAUUUUUACAUUACGGAUUGCAGGUGAAAUGUUUGUUUUGAUCAUGAGCUUGUGUCAAAGUUCUGAACGCGGUAGUCAAACACAGCCAGACUAUUGACAAGAUUUAUCCACUUUGCAACUUGUUUUUUUUUUUGCUGUUUUUCCUGUACUUUUCCAUCUGUGAUUAUGAUAUCAACUAUUUAAAGCAGUCUAUAAACUGCACAUAAAAACAAAACUCUAACUCACACCGACAGGACAGACUGCCUAACUGGUUGAUUACUGGCCAGAAUAAACUGCAAUGUUGACCGGACUUCUAAAGACUGCCCGAAGGGUGGAAUACACUGCACAGUUUUUGUCCCUAUUUUUUGUCCCUAUUUGUCCCUAAUUUGUUAUCAUAAUGUCUCAAUACUGUGGUUGUUUAUUUAUUUAGCACUGAUGCACUGAACUCUUUAUAUUAUAAGGGGUUGCUUUGGGUCUACUUCUUACUAGUUUUAGUGUGAGUAUAAUAUAAUAAGCAGAAACUCCCAGCCAUUAAAAAAAACAAAAAUAAAAUUUUGCGGUAGCACAGAUGUUCUCACCUGUCAC